CGCGAGCGCGGCCAUGGAUCCGACCGACCCAACUACGACCGCGAAUGCCUUCCCGUUCGACGAGCUCUGUGGCGACAACAUCCUGUACAUGCCCCCAGACGAAGAGGCUAAUGCGAGGCAGCGCGUCGCACUCAAGGCACCGGUGCUCAACAUCCACAAAGAGUACGCGGCAAGUGGGAGCUACGAGGCGGCGCGGGCGACGAUUCAUGCGAUCAGCACCAAGUACGAGGCCAAAGUGCUGAGCAACAACGAACGCUAUCUCCGCGAGCAAAAGGCGUCGCAGUACAAGACCAAGUUUCUGGAAACCCGGCUCGCGACGACGGGACCACCGACGUUGAACACAAUGGCCGUGCUCAUCGACCGGCGACGAGACCACGCCGACGCCAUGCUCAAAUAUGAGAAUGACGCUGACUUCCAAGCCCAAGAAAAGACGCGCAGCAUUCAAACCGCCAUGUGCCGCAGCUACGGCUCCGGCACGCUCGACCUCAAGGCGCUGCACAUCGACAUGGUCCCGGACACGGUGUUUUCGACCUUCCUCCUGCAAAUGGCGCGCUUCAUCAAGGAGAUCAACAUUAGUCGCAACGAGUUUCGGGACAUCUCAACUGUUUUUUGUGCCGCCUUCCCGAGCUGCGAGUGGCUCAACGCCACCGAAAACAAUCUGAUCUCGAUCUCGCGAGACAUUGGCCGCUGGAACCGUCUCCACACCCUGCUUCUUGACUGCAACAAACUCGAUGGGCUGCCCGAGACGCUACCAAGCUCGCUCCAGCACGUCUCAGUGGCGCGGAACCGACUCCGCACUGCGCCGUGCUUGUACCGGCUCGUCCAUCUCGUGACAUUGGAUCUGAGCCACAAUCUCUUGGUGCAUCUGCCCAAUGCCCUCUAUGAACUCCACUUGCUUCGGACAGUAUCGUCAACGACAUCGGCCGCCGACUGGUCCGAGUCGGUGGAUCCUGCAAGUGGCACGCUCGUCUAUUACAACCACAAGACGAAGACCGUGACACGCAAGCGACCCGACAUCCUCGGGCCCGACCCGACUGCAAUUCCAAAACUGCGUCUGCAACUGUCGCCAAACCAACAGCCCGUCGAGACCUCCACGGACGCACCGCCACUGGCUUUUCCCGGCGGUUGGGAGAUUCUACCUGGUGCAAGAACGUCGUACCGCAACCACAUGACCAAUGCUACCUUUACCAGUGUCCCGCCCGAACUCGACCGCUACGACCGCUUCACGCACAUCAAGACGCUCAACGUCGCCAACAACAGCAUCGAUGAGCUGCCGAUCUCGAUUGGCCACAUGCAGGCACUGCAAGUACUCAAUGUCGGCCACAACCGGCUCUGGACGCUGCCCGACGCCUUGUGCCAGCUUGCCAACCUCACACAUCUCUUGGCGCCGGCCAAUUGCAUCACGAGCCUUCCAGACGGAUUUGUCCAUUUUCCACUUCUGCAAGAGCUGGACCUCAAACUCAACCGACUCUCGGGACUACCACCCAACAUUGGCAAGCUAGCGACGCUCACAGUGCUGGAUGUGAGCAGCAACCAACUCGAGCGUGUGCCUGGGUCGGUGCUGCAGCUUCGGCAACUCACAACGCUUCGCCUCACGGGCAACCCGUCCUUGGUCGUACCGUCGGCCACAGCCCAGGCCAUGGGCCUGCCCUCCGUCUUUGCCGAAAUUCAAAACCAAAUUUUUGUGGAGGCACGGGGGGCGCCCCCCGAGCCCCACCAAGUCCAAGCGGGCAUUUUCGAUGAAUGUGUCACCACCGACUUGCACGUCCAUCGCGAGAUUAUGGAGCUCAUUGCCGCUGCCAAGACGACCCAUGUACUCGACUUUCAUUGGCGCAACCUCGCGACGCUGCCCCCCCAGCUGUUUGAGCUCUCAAAGCUGCAGGAGCUGCGGCUCACGGGCCAUAACCUCGGGACCGUGCCACCGCAAGUGGCUCUCUUGCCAAACCUUCGUCUCCUCAACCUACGCCAGAACCGGUUGCGAACCAUGGACGCCUCGUGCGUUCCGACACCAUGUCCGUGGGAGGAGCUCGAUCUCGAAAACAACAGUCUCCCCGACCUCCCCGCUACAUUAUUCGCCUUCGCGACCAAGCUGCGCGUGCUCCGGGUCGGGUGCAAUCUGCUCGAGGCGUUUCCUCCUGCAAUGGACGCGCUCACGCAGCUAGAAAUAUGCCUCGCACCGCACAACCACCUGCAGAGCUUACCGGCGAGCCUCGCGCGGCUGCCGUCGCUGCGAGUUCUCGACGUCUCCAACAACCGCAUUGCGGCACUCGAUUCGUUCGACUUUAGAGCGGCCACGGGCCUGCGCGAGUUCAAGGCCAACCGGAAUCUGCUGUCGUCCUUGCCCGCGUCCAUCGCAAGUGCAUGCCUCCACGAUCUCUCCUUGUCGGGCAACCAAUUUGAGAGCUUUCCGCUCGUCGCCUGUGGGAUGCGGCAUCUGAAGCGGCUCUGGAUGCAAAGCAACAAGCUCCAAGAGCUACCGGUCGAGUUCGGUGGCCUUCAGACACUCGAGAUGGUCGAGUUUGAAGGCAACCCACUGCGGUCCCCGCCGCCGAGUAUCCUUGCCCAAGGCAUCGGAGACAUUCAAGUCUACCUCCAGAAACGCGUCCAGCGCGUGCUGGAGCUCCAGUCGCUCUUGAGUGCCGUGCCGUACGGCUUUAACCGAGAGCAUUUCGUGCCCCGAACGCAAAAUCUCUUGACGACCAACCUUGCUUUCUUAACGCCAGAAGACCUCCUUGAGUUUGACGGCAAGGUCGACAAGUACGUCAACGGCGCGUUCUUCCAAGCACCAUCGAUGCGAGGCGUCGACCUGGUCCAGCAGCUUCAAGCGACGCAGCACGCUCGGGCCCAAACGGCCCGAAAAGCUGUCCUCGAGGACGUACUGCAGCUCUGCCGCCUCAUUCAAACCAAACGGUGGCUCGACAAGGUCGAUUUCCGGUACGACCUCACGCGGCCGUGGGGACUCAACGCGGAAGAAACGCCAUGCUACAUGCUCAACCCCACUGCGCUCUACGAGGACUGGGAAGACGUGCCGAGCAUUUUGCAUGUCAUUGAGAAGCGCGUCGGGCGCGGCUUCAAGGACGAGGCAUUUCCUCACGCGCCCGACGUGGUCGUCGAUGCACUCACCCACUACGAAGGCGUGUACGGGCCCGUGGGCAUCGCGCACCACCGCGUGCCCUUCCGCUGUGGCUGCGAAGUCAUGCUGCGCAAGGGCACGGCCCAUGAUCCGUGUUACAAGUUUGCGUGGGUCCUCGUCCAAUCGCUCACGUCGCACGAAGAGGCCGCGCGUCGCGUGAACGAAGACGCGCAAAUCGAACACGCUCUCAAAGAGGUCCGUGCGCAGGUCCAUAGCUUCCUCACGACCACGCGCGACGGCAAGGCGCGGUUGUUUAAAGAGGCAAAACUACUCAAGGCCGAGCGGAAAGCGCGCAAGAAGCGAAUCCGACGGCAACUACCGGGGCUCAAGAAGGCGAUCGGGCUGCGCAAAGCCGACUUGGUGGUCGCGACCCAAAAGAACGUUCUCGACAAGACGAUCGCGGGCGACGCGUGGACCGACGAGAACGCCAAGGCGGCCGAGGCGCUUGUCAAGGCGAUCGAGGAAGACAUUGCGCAGCAGGAAGAGCAUAUCAAGGACAUGGAGGCUGUCGUCAAGACACUCCAGCAUGAGCUGCGCCAGACCUUCAACCACUACGUCACCGAGAUCGUCGAGAUGCUCUUGAGCACGACAGGCAAAGAGAUUCGGGAGCGCAUUGUGACCAACCAGCGCACCAAGGCGAUCCGAAAGCAGCUCCGACGGCCCUGGGACGCUGGCUUUGAAGUCUUCAAAGCGCAAUACCUCGGUUUACCGCGCCCGCCGAGUCCGCGCAACAACAGCGAGCUCAGCGACGUCAUCGAAGACGAUCUUGACGACGACUAUGACGGAAGUGCUAUCUCGUCCGUCGUGUCGUCUGCUGACGAAGCCGAUGGAAAAGAUGACGUGAACGACAACCCCAAAAAGGACGACGCUGCCGCCGACCCCAACGACUCGGACGACAGCGAUAUUUAAGCACAAGCAAUGGAUAGUCAUGUCGUCCGUUGUCUCCAACGACCUA